ACCUGAGCAGCCUGAGAGGGGUCAUCCAAAGGAUCCAACUUGGCUUGACCUGAUGAGGCAAACUUCGGGGCAUGUGAAGAAGUUAGCUUUAGGAAGCGAUUCAAGUUCACCUCCACAGGUCAUGCCGCCUUCCGCUGCCGUGUAGGGAUCCCUUUGGCCAAUAACUGGCACAUGACCAGUGCACGGCCGGAAACGGCCGCCCGACGCAUUCGCACCCGCAGCCAUAGGUGGAAAACCGCUUUGGGCCGAGGGCAAAUCGAGAAGUGUACCAAGUUGUUCGCUUUUGCUUUGCUGUGCCAGUGGCUACCUCACACACUUUGCCGGCGGGAGCCGAAAACACCGCCGGGAACCCAAAACACCGGUGGGAAGCGAAAACCGGAUUCCGGGAAAAAAAAACGCUAGGGAACCGAAAGUCGGAUUCCAGGAGCCGAAAAUCUGCCAAAUCUGUUGGAGUUUGUAGGGUGAGAUCUCAUCCGCCUGCAGCCUGUUCAGCAGGGCCCGGACGUCAGACUCCCUCCAGGGAAUCGCCACAAAGCCUCGCUUGCGGAGGUUCUCAUAGACCAGGCAGUGCUGCCGCCGAGAGACGUACCGCGCCAAAGCCACGUUCAGCAAAGCCUUUUGGAUGCCAACGUCUGCAGGCAGCAGCGCGUGAGCAUGGAGCAUUUCGACCGCAGUGCCCUACUGCAGUUUCACCAGCAGGCCAUCACGCAUGCGCUGGCGCCACAGCAGUCGCAGAAGCAGAUGCCUUGCCAACUCAUCUUUCCCGACGACACCAUGGCGAUCGGCUCGCCGGCCUUGCCGCGGCAAAACCUCUUCCCUGCGGAUGGAGAAGGGCUUCAGGAAUCGGAAGAGGAGAGGCAGCGGCGCUUGUUGCAGAACGAGCCGAUUGUGGUCUACACCUCUCUCUCCGAGCAGGAGGUGCUUCUGCCGGAGAUUGCCAAGAGAGGACUUGCACUUCUACUGGUGCUCGCGCUGCAAAUGGUUUGCAUCAUCAUCAUCCUCACAGGUGGUGAGGCACACCAGUUGUUUGUGGAGGGCACCAGCAGUCCCAGCCAUCUGCAGGUGAUGCUCUAUGGGUCCCAGAUAGCACUACAGCCCAUCUUCUUGUUGGCCAUGUAUCUAUGGAGUGCAGACCUCUUGAAGAUCUACACCGUCUUGAGCCAGCUGCUCUUCGUGCUCAUGGCGGCUUUGGCCAUCCGAAGCCCCUUGGACAUGCUGGUCUGUAUCCUCUCGGUGCCCCUGAUCCUGCUGGGGGACGGCAUUCGGCAUCUGAUGAUGCCCCACUGCUUCGUCUUGAACUGAAGGGGCGCGUGCUCCACGCGCCUGCUGUGUGAGACAGAGCGGGUCACAAGCUGUCCGAUGUACAAAGCAGUGAGCCCGCGUUUCGGGCAGACAAGUCAAAAGCAGAGCGGCACAUGUUGGAAGCUGAGGGGGCAUAGUUUGACACAGGGAGACCUUCCAAAGACAUCCAAAGACUGGUUGGAGUUUGG